ACCCCGUUACAGCCUGGUAUAAGUGAAAACCAGCCCGCUUUCAGCAGCUCCAGCAUUAUAACACGGACCAAAGUUAUCCCGGAAUAAGGACAGCACGCAUGUGCCGUCAACCCGGAUGUAGAUAUCUUAGUGCGCGUCUAUUCCCCGUUUCUCCAAGUUAUGACAACAUUUGCUGUGAGAAAGAUUUAAAGAUCUUAACCCUAGCUGGACAAACCUUUGCCGCCCCAAACCUGUCCAAACCGGGUUAACCAUCCGUGACAUGUAUCGGGCUACGUGGAUGUCACAUGAGAGUGACAGAAAUGAGUGUUCUCAUUUCGGAGGGCUGCAUUUUUGAUUUAAGGUGAGAGCACAUACAGUGAGUUGGUAUAACCUACACUUUUACUGCAUGAGUAAUGCAUUUAAAAUCCAGCGUGUGUCGGCGUGCCUGAAGUUGGCCUGACAGAGGCCGGCUGCUCGUUUUCGCUAUCAUCAUCCCGUGUUGCAGAAAUCCUCCUCUAACUUAGACGAUGGACUUCCGCGGCAGGAGGCAUGAGCGAGGCAGCAACUGGACUGACCCGGAGAUUGUGGAGCUGCUCCAGCUGUGGUCCGACGAGUCGGUGCAGAUUGAACUGGAGAGUUCACUGCGCAACCAGCGCGUGUUUGACCGCAUCGCCCACAUUUUGCGUGAAAAGGGCAUCUACCGCACAGGAGACCAGUGCAGGGAGAAGAUUAAAAAGAUGAAGCUGGAGUACCGCCGCAUCAAGGACAACCACAAAAUGAGGUCUUGGAAGUUUUAUGAUGUGAUGGACAGAGUGCUGGCGAAUCGGCCGGCUAUUACCUACUCCUCCCUAGGCGGAGCUGUCAUAGCUCAACAGGUGUUCCAGAGCUCUGGGGCACCUGAGGCAUACCUGCAAGGAGUGCCAGCGGGCUCUUUUGGUCCUGCUUCCUCCGGUGGGUUUCUCUUUGGCCAGCCUCCAAAAGCUGGAGAUCCGCUGGAUAUCAAAUGUGAAGAUGUGGAGGAGAGCAUGCUGAACUCCGGAGAGGCACCGCCUGAGAUGUACUACGGUUCUGGAGAUGAUCAGGAAACUGAUGGGCAGUCUCUACUGGAGCCAGAAGACACCCUGGGCCGAGCCGAGAGCACACUUAAUACAAGAAUUUCACCUUCAGGUUUUAGUGACCUGAACAUGACUGGCUCUGCUACAGCCACCACCUUGGCUGCUGGUGGUCCCGUGUCACACGACACAUCCGACGAACCCAGAAAGGAGGGUUCUCGUCAACAGACCUCAGUGAGACAGAGGAAGCGGCGCCGGGGUGGUAAAACAUCAUGGUGCCAUGGGGGCGGUAGAUGUGGUGGUCAGGAGAGACUGGAUAAAGCCCUAGCCAGCUUCCUGAGCUGGCAGCAGUCUGCAGAGGAGCGUCUCCUCUCACUGGAGGAGGCGCGGCUGGAGAGAGAGCUGCAGGCGGAGGAGCGCAGGGAGCAGCGGGAGGAGAGGAGGGCAGAACAAGAGCGUCAGCAUGAGCUCCGCCUGUUCAGCAUGCUCACGGGGGUGUUGCUCGCUGUCAGAGAGGGUACACAAACCACAACACAAAGCGACCCCGCCACCUCACCCUUAGCUCGUUUUUCAGCUUCGCUGAUGACAACGCCUGCCCCCUCUGCUCCUUCAUCUUCAUCCCAGCCACCUCCAGAAGCUCCCACGACAGAGUCUAUUUUUAAUCAGGAGACAAAAAAGUCACAGCUCACAUCUGUCAAGGCCUGCAAAAUGUCUCAGAAUGCUUUGGAAACACUGAGGGGUGAGGAAGGUCCCGGCAAUAGCGUCUACCUGUCUGAACGUGGUAAUAGCAUCCGACUCCAUGAAGGUAUUCUCCAGGAGGGCUACAUCCAAUAUGGAAUGGACCGGCACCAUGAUACAGACAACCCUGAUGGUAUCAUCAACAUGGGGACCAGUGAGAACAAACUUUGUUAUGAUCUUCUUCAUAAACGGCUGACCAAGCCUGACAUGCUGCACAUCAACCCAUCCUUGUUGCAGUAUUCAGACUGGAGGGGGCACGCUUUCCUCAGGGAGGCAGUUGCAAAAUUCCUGACUCACUACUGUUGUUCUCCAAACCCAUUAAAAGCUGACAACGUUGUGGUGAUGAAUGGCUGUGGUUCCCUGUUCUCAUGUAUUGCUGCAGUCAUUUGUGAUCCUAAAGAUGCCAUCCUUAUUCCGACUCCUUUCUACGGCGUCAUCAUUGAAGAUCUUCAUCUGUAUAGUGAUGUAAAACUCUUCCAUGUUCCCCUUGAUUGUGAGGCUGAUGGCAAAGAUAACCGACCCUUCCGCCUCACUGUAGGGAAACUAGAAGAAGGUCUGCAAAGAGCUAAGGAAGAGGGGUUGACAAUUCGCGGCGUUAUCCUGAUGAACCCCCACAACCCUCUGGCUGAAAUCUACAGCCUGAAGGAAAUGAUUACCUUCCUGGAGUUUGCCAAAAGAAAUGCUCUCCAUGCCAUUGUAGAUGAAGUGUACAUGCUGACAGUGUUUGAUGAAUCUGUCACCUUUCAGAGUGUCCUCAGUGCAGACAGUUUGCCCGACCCACAGAGGACGCAUGUAAUGUGGGGAAUGAGCAAGGACUUUGCAAUGGCAGGAAUCAGAAUAGGCACUUUAUAUACUGAGAACAGAGACCUCGUGGAGGCUUUGGCCAAAUUGGGCUCUUUUCAUGGUGUCCCUGGGACUACCCAGCACCAGGUUGCACAACUGCUUCAGGACAAAGAGUGGAUCAAUGAGGAAUUUUUGCCUGAGAACAGACGCAGGCUGAAAGCUGCGUGCAGCUACAUGACUGGAGAGCUGCUCAGUAUGGGCAUCCCGUUUCUAGACAGGCCUGCGACACUCUAUGUCUGGGCUGACCUUAGAAAGUAUCUCCAAGAGUCAUCGUUUGAGGAGGAGCUGUCUCUGUGGAAGUGUUUCCUCAGGCACAAGGUGCUGCUGAGUUGUGGCCAAGCGUUCUGCUGUUCAGUGCCCGGGUGGUUCCGCAUCGUCUUUGCAGACCAACAGCACCACCUUCAGCUUGGCCUUAAGCGAAUUAGAGAGGCUUUAAAAGAAACUGAAGAAAAAAUGAGAGUCCCGGAUAUCAAACAAACCAGAGGAGAGCCAAAGCCAGUAAAAAAGGACAAUGCAGGUUCAGACAAUGCUGCUACUGUCAAUCCAAAAGCCUUACCCGAGAACAAUUCAUCAGAUCAGCUGAAGGAGAGGGAUAGCCCUGUUCCUGACACAGGCUCGCUGGCCACUGAAGACUGCCAAGCCUCUAAGCCCGCAGAGAGUCUUGACACGCUGAUCGGUACUCUCAGGCAUCAGAUCCGUUCCUCCGAUUGGCUGGAGAAAAGCACUCCAGAGCUGUCUGCUGGGGAGGACCCAGAAAUUUUUGAUGUGUUCAAGGUCCUGCUGCAAAGAGCCAGAAAGUAAGCUUAGGAUUAAACAGGCACGGAUGUAGCUGCCAAAUUUCAAGAGGCAGUACUUAAGCAUCCCUCUUGCUUCCUGUGUUUAUGGUGAAAAGCUUGACACAAACACCUGACACAAGGUCAGCUCUGAUGUCUGUUUUUGAGGAAUGAAAUAGCUGAGAGCAGGUUAAAGAGAAGUGAAGAAAAAACCCGGCCUGGCAUUAAGAACAGCACGGAUACUUUUCUGUAUGCGUCUCGAGGCCUUAUUGUUAAGCUGAGAAGUGGAUUUAUUUGCUGAUAUUCUAAGUGGGUGCCAAAUAUAACAACCAAAAAUCAGACGUGUCCUAACAUCAAACACUACAGAUCUCUUUUCUUAUGAAUUGUAAAUUUUUCUUAUUAUCAUCUUACGCGGUUUAUUUUGUCAAAAUGAAUUGUACUUGCUGUAAAGUUAAUAGUCCACAAAUAAAUACAGGAAGUGUUAUUUAUUUUCUUGACUGUUAUUCAUUUAUAGUAAGUAGCCUUUAGCUGGAGAUGUGUUAUUUUGUGUGCUCUUUGUUUGUUUCAGUGUGACAUUUUCUUUUGUUCUUUGGCAUGGGUGGGCUGUGGGUUCUGUUCCGUUGCUGCAAAGGAAAGUGAAGGUGGCGAGAGUAAAGUGACAAACAGCGGAGAUAUCUGACGCUGAAGACGCUAUUGGCUGACAACACUUUGUAGCCCACUGUCUGUGACAGAGAGUGGGAUUUCCUUAACCGUUUCGUGAUGCGUAAUGACCCGACGACACCCCCCACACACUUUCUACAUGACAAGGGUCUGAUUUGUUUAUUGCACUCGAACAUAAUCUCUCAACUGUUAAGGGGCUUUUAGAUCGAGCUUGUUGAACCUAUUCAACUCUGUUUGUUUUUAGACACAUAAACUUCUGCUUCCUCAAAUAUUGAAUGGCUGUUGCUGGAGCUUUCACUUUCUCUAUAGAGCGAUUCGGCAAGUCACAGUGGAGAAUUCAAGGGGAAAUUUCAGCCCUGAUGGGUGGGAGUUUCCACUGCGAUGGAGGUGGAGUUACAGUGAGGGUUUGAUCUGUUGUGGUUGUAAGCAUAUUACCUCAUAUGUCAAAUGAGUGUUGGAAGUGUUUGUACAGUAGUUUUGGCACAGCACUACUUCUUUUACACUUUCUUCUACUUUUCGGCAAACUCAAAUCAGAGUUUAACCUCACAGCUUGGUUCCUGACAGCUUUUUUCCCUUCAACAACAACAACAAAGCGGUGUCAAAAUGAAGUUUCUAGAGCUGGGUGACUCGAUCGGUCGCUUCAGGUUUUCACAGUCCUGUUUGGGAUUACUGGGGUGCCUGUGUGUGUGCUAUGCAGUCUGGACACCUUACUGGGUGAAGGACAGAGGACUGUGGACGGAGUGGAACGCCACUGAAAGCGACCAGACGAAUCCUAAAGAUGAUAUUGGCAUCAACGCUCUGGAAGCAGAGAGGGUCUUUGGAGUUCUCUCCUCCCUGAUGGCUGUGAGCACAGCUGCUCUGUGUCUGGUGUUUGCCCUCUGCUGGACUUCUCAGACGGUGCGCUCCUACUCAAACACUCGCGCUCUCCUCAUUGUACGAAAGGCGCUCUACCCCACUACCCUGCUGCUGUUCACCAUGGCCCCCACAGGUUUCUUCUUCCUCCUGAGCUGGUCUUUUUUCACAUAUCAGCACCGUGAAGAAAUCAGUCAGGACUUCUCCAGUCUUGGCUCUUCCUAUUGGCUGGGAGCUUUAGGUUGGACCCUGCUGCUCGUCGUGGAGCCGAUCGUCUUUAUCGUUGAACAGGCUGUCGUGCCGGACAUCCUACCUGACUUGGAGAAUGCUGUGGAGCCAUGCCAGAUUUCCUCUCCAUCUGAGGCCGACGAACAGUCUUUUAGUCAAAGUUCUCAUCCUUUAAGCCCCAAAAGCAACAAGGGUGUGAUGAAAUAUAUGUCUGAAUUUUGAAUGGAGUUCAGAAACAAAAAGGACAUGAUACAGAAUAUGAAGCUAAAUGAGUCAGUUUACACAUUAAUCCACACAAACUCAGCUGGCUGUGUAUUGAAAGAAUCCUGAAGUCAGCAGAAUUGAAGUUUCCUGCUGGGCUUACUGUGGAAAUCAUUUUCUGGUUUGUUUUGUUCACUGGUUCACUGGUUUGUUGAUUGAAAUGAAAUGAAAACACACUAAGGACCAAUAAUGUACCAACUAGUGUAAUACACAACUAAUGAUAGGUUUGUGCCUCAGCCAGGAUCAGGUCCAGGUAUAAAGGGCUCUGAGUUAAGUCUACGUAAACAAGACAUUCAGUUAGUACAUUUAUCUGAAUGGUGGUGCUGCGAUAUAUCUUACUUGAUGUCAUUGUAAUGACCAUGCGACACUUCAAAUAGUAAUUCUCAUGUAAAAGAUGAUAGGUACUGAUUAAUGUUGACAGGCUGACAGAUUUACACAUUACAAGCAUUUUUGGUCUGUUACAUAGGUUUUUCUUUUUUGUUUGCAUAGAGAUUUAACUUGGGUUUAUUUAUAAACAGAUGGGUAGUUCUCAGAUAUAUUCGAGAGCCCAUACUGUAAUUUCCACUACAGCAUUGUUUUAAUGCAGAGCUCUAUGAGGGCCUGAAGAUCAUGGCCAUUCAGUACUUGUUUUCAGCCGUGUCCCUUAUGCACAGAGACUUUCUGGUUUUCUUUUAAUAGUAGAUUGCACUGUAGUUGAGGGAAUUCCCACUUGCAAAUUCUUUGCAAGUUUUACAGUAAGAAGCUGUCAUUUGGCAGGACGUGGGGUACAUCUUUGAGUGGUUGCCAGUCCGUUGUAGGACUAAUAAUAAGAAACAAUGCUCUUGAACGGUCUGCCUGCACUACCUUUCAUACUGGUGGACUCUUCCCCUUUAGACUUUUGAAACACUCUCUUUUCUUUUCUUUUUUUAUACCAAGUCUUUAUUAAUUGUGAAUUUUGUUACUUUGUUGUUUUUUUUGUUCCCCAUUUUGUAUCUUUUUUUAAUGCCUACAAAAAACAAUAAAACU